GGGGAGGAGGCAAUCCGUAGAACCAUCUGGGAGAAGAACAUGCGUCUGAUCGAAGCCCACAAUGAGGAGGCCGCUCUGGGCAUUCACUCGUACGAGCUGGGCAUGAACCACCUGGGAGACAUGACGUCAGAGGAGAUAGUUGAGAAGCUUACUGGCCUCCAGGUGCCCAUGAACAGGGACCGUAGCAACACCUGGAUCCCUGACAACAAUGUGGUGAAGCUCCCCAGGUCCAUCGACUACCGCAAGAAGGGCAUGGUGACCCCAGUCAAGAACCAGGGCUCCUGUGGCUCCUGCUGGGCAUUCAGCUCUGUAGGGGCCCUGGAGGGCCAGCUGAUGAAGACCACAGGUAAACUGAUAGACCUCAGCCCCCAGAACCUGGUGGACUGCUCCUCCAAAUACGGCAAUAAGGGCUGCCACGGUGGCUUCAUGACCAAGGCCUUCCAGUAUGUCAUCGACAACCAGGGCAUUGACUCUGACCAAUCCUACCCUUACAAGGGAGUGCAUCAACAGUGUAGCUACAACCCUGCUCAGCGUGCUGCAAACUGUUCCAGGUACAGCUUUCUGCCUGAGGGGGAUGAGGGGGUUCUGAAAGAAGCGCUGGCCACCAUCGGACCUAUCUCUGUUGGCAUUGAUGCCACCCGACCUAAUUUUGCCUUCUACCGCAGCGGAGUUUACAAUGAUCCAACUUGCACAAAGAAGACAAACCAUGCUGUCCUUGCUGUAGGAUACGGUACCCUGGGCGGGCAGGAUUACUGGCUGGUGAAGAACAGCUGGGGCUUAUCGUGGGGAGACCAGGGAUAUAUACGGAUGUCACGCAACAAGGACAACCAGUGUGGCAUCGCCUUGUACGGGUGCUACCCUGUCAUGUAACUCCUGCUAAUCAAAGUGGCCUAACUGGAAAAACGGAGCCCUUUUAUUCAUUGAAUGUAAUUCAUUUUUACUAGCUCCAUUGUUUUAGUCUUGUUUUUACCAUUUCACUUUCUGUCACUUUCUGUCUAUAUAGACAGUACUUCUUUAAAAGAGUUUUUAGAAAUCAUGUAUAAGGCAAAUGUGAUUAUCUACAUUAUCACUGUAUCUAGCGUUCUGUCCAGGGGGUGUAGUUGUACAUCAAGUUGCCUCACGCUACAGAAACAGGAGCUCUUGCUCGUAUGAGCCGUUUUAGCUCGCACAUGCCAAGGCUCGUACAAAGCUACUUACUUGCUUAAAUUAAAGUAUAUUUUGUCAUCGAAUAAAUAUAACUUUUAAAGAACUGA